AUGGAGAAACAAAAGCGUAUGACGCGUGAAUUCAAGUUGCAACAAUUGCGUAAAGAGAGUGAAACGGCCGGACCGAAAGACACGACGUCAUGUGUAGCUACUGGCACUACAUUAAUGGGAAACGUAAUGACAAAGAUGGCAACUAAUCUCUCGACACUCUCGGAAGAGAAGUAUUUGUUUUCUACUGGUGUUUCCAUGAAGAAGAAGAUGAAGGAGAAAUUUGGUUAUGUGUUUACGUCAAUGCGUGAGCCACUUGGAUAUCGUACAUACAAGGCAACAGAGACAGAGUUACAGAGUGAUUUAAAACUUGUGUAUGAAACAAUGCAAUCGACUGAUACAAUUGAGCUAAGUGGACUCUUAUGGUCAAAAGCUAUUCUUCUUCGGUGUAUUCUCAACUGGCAACAAAAUGGAUCGAUUCGGGCUAUGGAGUCUGGUACGACAUUACAAAUGAACUUACCUUUGAAGAUUGGAUCGUGGUUAUUUAUGACAAUGUCUACUCAUAGCGAUAGCCACGUGGUUGCAGGCUGUUAUAGCAAUUUGUUUCUCGUCCAGAGCUCGACUGUGAAAUCAUUUAUCCCAACAUUAAGCUCAGGACUUCCUGUGGCGUGCUUCUCCCAUCCGAUCGAAGAUUAUCGCUCAGCGUUUGGUACCCAGGCCCCUUCGAUCGAAAUGGAAUGGAAGCCAUCCAUUUACGACUUUCUCAAUGCCUUUCGUGCCUAUGGCUUUCAGGACAGCAAACGAUCAAUGAGUGUGAAAAGCAAGAUUUCAGUGACACCACCGUCGACAAAGAAAUCUCGCGUGCUGCCGUUUCCGACGCUUAACAUGCACUAUGUGCUGAUGUAUUUGGUGCUUUGUUUGCGUACAAGGACGCUGACGUUGGAGGGCUACGAUGCGUUCAGUUUUACCAUGUUCUUCUUGCGGAUGCAGUUUGAGAACAACAUACAUGCUAGUAUUGUAGACAUGGCUACCAUCUGUAUUGAAGAGCUUCUAGAUGUGUUUCCACGCGCGGAAUGGCGAAGGGAAUGGGCGCCGCAGCUUGUUCUACGGAUUGCUGGGGCAAGUGAAGGCUUAUUUGAUUCGGCAGCGGGCUGGCUUGCCGUUGCCCGUCGACUUCCGCGCACGCUGCGUGGCACACAACUCACAACAGGACUAGCAAUCUAUGUCUUGCAACACCGCAUCGACAAAAAAACAAAAGAAGGGGCUAUUUCUGAGAGGCCUUUGAAGUUUCCAAUCCAGAGCGGCCUUGUCGUGGACAUUGUCGCUGGCAUUGUGGAAGACUUGACAUUCAAGUAUGCGAAGACACGCAAAACAGGCAAGGCAUCAAAAACUACACCGCCGUUUGAUCUAUUGUGUAAAAAGGUGGCGUUGAUGGACCUAGCACUGCAAGCGUUCCUUAACAUUCUCACUCCGAAAGAGAUGCAAAUUAUGCUUAGCAAACUGGACCAGCUGGCUGACACACAUAAAUCGACUAUGUCAGCAAAAUGGCAUGAGCUUAAGACACUUGUACGACUCAUGCACCGCAAGUACUCGCCUGAAAAUUUAUGCAUUGGCCGAAAAAAGAAACGUGCAUUUUUGUCUGCAAAAACUGUGCUGUUUUGUGACGAUGAUGACGAGGCGCACCGUGAAGAAACGCGAGGUUAA